AUGAUUUUUCCCAUCCGCUACCUGUAUGUUUCCCUCGCACAGUUUUCUGCACACGAGAACAGAGCCUUAGUUGCACUGGGAUACUUGCAAGAGGAACACACUCUCGGAGUGGAGCCACAAAUAGUGAUGUUUCACGAACCCGUUUCCCACCCUCGCUCGGACUACGCUUUCAGCGAUUCGGUCAAGCUACUGCCCUGCAUGUCGUCCCACACACAAGGGCGUCACUGCCAGUGGUACCACCAGCAGCAGGGACCGCACAUGCAGGGCGUAUACCACGGACGGUCAAUCCGCAGACUCCUGGACCACAUUACAGAUCUGAAGUACAUGCUGCUAGAUUCGAUGCAGAAUGGGAUGGACGUCGAAGAGCAUUGCUUUGUUCGCGAACAGCUUAUGCAUCUUAUCCAGAUUGUGCCCCACGUGCAUCUAUCGCCGACUCCGAACCGCAUGCAGCUGCAGGUUGUCGAGGAGCACAAAGGACUGGAGCGGCUGGCCCCGGCAGUCCAGGUCCAACUACCCUCAAUUCGCUCUCUGAUCCCGGGCAACGAGGGCACAGAGUCCGUGCCACAGGCCCCAGUUACUCCCGAGGACAUCAGCCCCUCUACUUCAGUGACGCACGCGCAACAUGCACACGGCGAUAAUGUACCUAGGGGCGAGGGUUUCCAGUUCCGUGCACAUGUCCCUCCACCGCCGUUUUCGGCGGCAAUGUCAGCGUCAUCUGCCAAGGCUGACACCGCCUCUACGGCGAUAGCCACUUCAGCUGCGGUAUAUGCGGAUAUCGAACAGCUAUCAAGUGCUGACAAGCGUCAAAAAGGCGUCAGAAACCAGUGCCCUGUUUGCGGAAAGGUCUGCCAUAGGCCCUCUUCGUUGCGAAACCAUAUGUACAUACACACGGGAAGAAGGCCAUUCCUGUGCGAGUGGCCGGGGUGCGAGAAACGCUUUAACGUCAAAAGCAACAUGGUUAGGCAUUAUCGCCUGCACCAGCUACAGCGAGGUAAGGAGGGGCAGGUUUGA